AUGGUCCACGCCGAGCGGCGGCGACCAGCGUCUCCUGCAGCCUCUUCGCCGCGCCCAACAUCUAACCCCGCCCUCCCACCACCCGCAUCUGCUCCCACGUCGUCUCCUGCAUCCACCCAUCCCUCUUUUGUCGCUAACCCGUCUCUAGACGCUCCGCAAUCGCACGCGGACGACGUCCAUCCCAGCUCCAGUCCCGGUGAUCGCGACUCGAUGGACUAUAAGACCGUCACGUUCACUGUCCCGGCAUUUGCCGCCCCUUUAACCCGUCGCAUGUCGAGGGAGAGCAACUGUCCGCUGUUUUCCGAGCGCCAGCGCUUCACCCCGACCGCCGAUAAGCUCGUGCUGGUUAUGGUGGGUCUGCCCGCCCGUGGCAAGUCGUUUAUCGCCAAGAAACUCUGGAAAUUCUUCUGCUGGAAAGGCCUCAAGUGUCGGGUAUUUAACGUCGGGCAGCUCCGACGAGCGACGAAGGCAGCAGGGGCCCGGCAGGACCAUUCGUUCUUUGAUAUGACCAAUGCAAGCGCAAGCCAAGAGCGCGAGCGAUUGGCUAGAGAGGCGCUCGUGCAGGUGCAGCAGUGGCUAGCUGGAGAAGAAGAGGAAGGAGGAGGAGAUGGAGAUGGAGAAGGUGAAGGGGUACGGGGUGGUGAUGUGGCUGUGUUUGACGCGACGAACACGACCAAAGCCAGGAGACACGUGCUGCGGGAAACGUUUCGAGCGUUUGCCGAGCGGCACGGCACGAGUGUUCACGUCGUGUUUGUCGAGAGCAUUUGCACGAGUGAAGCUGUGAUUCGUGCGAAUAUUAAGCAAAAGGUGACAAGUAGUCCCGACUACUGCUGUAUGCCGGAAGACGAGGCCGUCGCGGAUUUGAAACAGAGACUCAAGAACUAUGAAGCAGCGUAUGAAGCGCUGGAAGACGAGGAAGAGUGCAGUUAUAUCAAGCUGUUUGACAUGCAGUCGAAAGUGCAUGCGAAAGGCAUUUAUGGCCACGUGGCCAAGUCGAUUUUGCCGUACAUGAUGAGUUUUCAUCUCGAACAUCGCCCGAUAUGGCUCGUGCGAGCUGGUCAUUGCAUUGAAGUGCGAAAAGACUUUCGAGCGAUUAUUAAGGACCCGUGCGUUGCGCCUCGGUCGGCGCAUUUGAGUCCACUUGGGUUGGACUUUGCUUACCGACUUGGCGUGUUUGUCAAGCAGCGGACAGCAGUGUGGAUUGAAAACGAAGACUUUACGCCAAAAGAUGAUCCGACCGAGUGUCUUGUCAUGACAUCGACGUUGCCACGUGCUGUGCAGACGGCCAGCUUUCUUCCCAGUGGCCAGCGAAUGCAAAUGGCCACCUUGAAUCCGCUCGAUAAGGGUGAAUGCUACGGCAUGACAAUGAGCCAGAUGAAGGAGCUCAUGCCAGAGGCGUAUGCCGCAUACGAAAACGAUCCGUGGCGCACGCGCUUUCCCGGCGGCGAGUCGUACCAAGAUUUGAUGCUGCGUCUCGAGCCCGUUCUCAUUGACAUUGAGCAGCACACGGGACCUGUGCUCGUGGUCUCUCAUAUCUCCACGUUACAAGUGCUCUACUCGUACUUUUUGGGGGCCCCUAUCGAAAGCUGCCCGGACCUGGAAAUCCCGUUCCACUCGGUGCUCGAGCUUGUGCCGAACCAGGACGGCUGGACUAAAACUGUAUUUAACAUGCGUGCAUGA